AGCACUUUUUAGUCAAGCUAAUCCUGGAAGAAAUCGACUUGAAGAAACAACAACACAACACCUGUGAAGUAACAACUUACACACACCCCUGUCUUUCGCAACCUGUCUCUGAGCGCUCACCUGUUGGCUGUAGGGCGUUCAGGUCCUCUCAAGCCUAAAACAUACAAAGACACAAAAUGGAGGCGAUACUAUCUGCCUGAGGGAAAUUACACGCAUCUGAUCAAGUUUUUGUUUGUGUAAUUAACGAAUUAAUAAUACUAAAGUCCACUGGGACCGCGAGGAAAGAGGAUUAAAAAUGUUUUGGAGGUUAAUCGUCGUCGCGCUAAUGGCGACAGAGUCCGCCAUGGCUGUAUCAGUUCAAUGUCCUACCAAGAGGUACAUCGUCAUCCUCUUCCAGCCCGUCACCCUCACUUGUCAGUUUCAGACAACAGCUAGUCAGCCCCCUGUUGUCACAUGGAAGUAUAAGUCCUACUGUCGGGACCCAGUUCAGGCUGCGCUCAAUCCCAGCAGUGCAGAGAACAUCCUGGCCCAAAACAACCCCAACUAUAACCCCAACAUUGAGUGUUCAGACUCCCAGAGGACAGUGCGUAUUGUCGCCUCCAUGCAAAGCGGUGCUGUUACUCUUGGCAAGGAAUACCAGGGGCGCAAAGUCAGCAUAAUAAACAAUGCAGACCUAAACUUCGCGCAGACUGCGUGGGGAGACAGUGGCGUCUACGUCUGUUCUGUCGUGUCUUCCCAAGAUCUUUCGGGAAACGGUGAAGACUACACAGAGCUACUGGUGCUCGACUGGCUCUUGGUUGUUUUGGUGGUCUUCGGCUUCUUUUUGCUGCUCCUUUUGAUCGGGAUCUGCUGGUGCCAGUGUUGUCCACACACCUGCUGCUGUUAUGUCAGAUGCCCCUGCUGCCCAGAACGCUGUUGCUGUCCACGAGCAUUGUAUGAGGCAGGAAAAGCAGUAAAGAAAGGUAUGGCGAAUCAGUAUGCUACCACCGUCUAUGCUCCAAGUAUGUAUGCUCAGCCACCCUACGGUCAGCCUGGUAUGCCUCUACUUCCCGUACCUAAUGGGGUUGGAGCCCAUCCACCUCCAAGUGGUUACGGUCGUGAAUAUGACGCCAGCUCAGUGGGACAGGGCUCCCAGGUACCUUUGCUGCAUGACCAAGACCGAGGGGACAACACUCGCAGUGGUUAUAGAAUCCAGGUGGACCCCGAUGGGAAUGCAACACGUGCCAUUUACUAUAUGGAGAGGGAGCUGGCCAAUUUGGACCCAUCCAGACCUGCCAACUAUCAGCGCUUGGACAAUAUGACUGAAGUCAGUUCCCUGCAUGAGAGUCGGGAUUCUCGAGGUCGUGGAGGUCGUUCCCAGCUGCCGCCUCUGGCCACAGUCUAUGACCAGGAUGAAGCAAUGAGCACCAUCAGCAGCGUUUCCCAGCAAGGCCGCUACCGUGAUGACUACCCGCAGCACAGGGUAGGUAACAUGGGGGACCGCGUACGUGCCCGUUCAAUGGACAACCUUGAUGAUAUUGGACGGCGACGCCAACGAGACGACUACCCACCACACCGGCGCCCAGAUGAUCCCAGAGGCCAAAGAGGCUCCGAUGAUGGGUGGAGCAGCAGCGCCCGCAGUGGCUAUGAUCGUGACUAUGAUGAUCGCAGACGUCGUGACUAUUCCCCUGAUCAUCGGCGAGGAGAGGGAGGGGCUUAUAGCGGCCUCCCAGGACGGCGCAGCUACAGUCGUGAUGAUCUGACGGCUCUGGAGAGGGAUCGCCAGUGUGGUGGUGGUGGUGGUGGUGGUGCGAGGGGCAGGCGUGAUGAUUACGAUGACAGUUUCCUGCGAGAAGCCAUGGAGAGGAAGAAGAUGGGUGAGCAGCAGAGGGCACGGAGCCAAGAGCGACUGGACAGUGAGAGUGACCGCUCAGCUCGGGGGAGGGGGCCACGUGGGCCACCUCCCCUCCCUUUGAACCCACCCUCUGGAAACCCCGGUCGCCGUGAUGACUACCCACCUCCACCACCACCUUACAGUGAAGAUGAAAAGAAAAGCAACCUACGCAAGAAUGGAGCUGUGAGUCGGGAGAGCCUGGUUGUGUGAAAUCAAAACCUGAGAAGAGCAACCAAGUAGAAUAAGGAUGCAGCACUGAGCUAAAAAACAUACAGGUGGUUUUAAAGACUGUAAAUAUUCAUCACACUGCUAAUUUGCUGUGUUCAUUUUAUGUAUUUCAUAAUUGUUGCUAAGGGAAGAAGUGCACGAAUGAAAUGUUACGUGCCUUUUCAUGUACAAAAUAUUGUGGCUGCCACAAGUGCCUUAGAGUGUACAGAAUUUUACUUUUUAGAUGUGAAAGUCAAGUCAUAAAACAUCUCGAGUUAAACCUGUUCAGAAUUAGUUUUUAAGUUUUAUAUAGUUUAAUUUAGCUGAUGCAGGUACUGAUGCAGUUUUAUGGGUGUCUCUUUUUGCAUUUGUGAAAGGUAAAUUGUUUUUAUAUGAAACUAUGUACAUUUAAAUUUAUCUAGCUUUUUUUUCUUUUAUUAUGCUCACGUUUUAGAAUCCUGUUGAACAAAAUACUCUGCAGAGACUUUUUAACACUGAAUUGCAAUUUUAACCUUUGAUAUGUUGUAUAUAGCCAACCAGCAAUACACUGAAAAAGCAAAUUUUCCUUUUGAUGUGAUGAAAUCUUAAUUUUACAAUAAAGAUCUUCUUGCCAGACCACAUUUGAGUGUUUCACCACUAGAGGCCACUGUCUUGUUAGUGUGUGAUAGUAUGGCAGUAUGUUGUAGCAGUGGUGGUGUUCUAAUUCAGCAUUUUCUCUAUCCAGCAGUUGUUAAUUGCUGUUGGAUUUAGAAAUGUUAAGAAUUUGAUGAACCUUGAUUUGUGUUCAAUAAGAUGUUGUGAAGUUCUGAAGUUUUUUUUUGUUUUUUUGUUUUUUUUGGGGGGGGGGAUACCAUUGUGAAGUUAGUACUAUGAUAAGUAUUUUUGUUUCUCUCUUAAAGAAAGGAAUAUUGAAAAAAUAUCUUGUUUGCCAUCAUAUUUGUCAUUUCAUGUUGA